CACUCGGAAACAGGAGUACUUACAAUUGAACAAUUUGAUAAACAUAGUUCGAAAUACUAUGGUGCAUAUAUGCCAGAGUAUAAAUUCAUCCCACAAAAGAAAUUAUUUCGAUUGUUCUUACAAGACUAUUGGCUUGCACUAACUGCAAUUCGUGGAUAUAAUCGUGAUAUCAUAUAUGGUGUAGCCCUUCAGCUUCAUUUCGUAAGAUCACCAGAGUAUCUAGAUUGUACUCUUGGCGAUUUAUGUAAGCUUAUGAGCUUUUGGUGGUCGUUUGUCGCAACAAGAUAUAGAUACCCGGAGGAUUAUGAACUCGGACGAAUAGCAUUGGCUGAUAUUGAAAAUUAUUUAGCUGCGGGUACAGAAGUAGAACAAGAGAUGUGGCAAGAAUUAAUUGAAGAUGUGAAAGCUGAUAUAGAAGGGUUGGAGGAGGAUGAUCGUAUUGAUUGGGAUUUUGAGUCUGGCCGGUCAGUUCGUGGUCAAUUAGGAAAAAAAGAUCCGAAAUUUUACAUUGGAGACGUAGUUAAUUUCAAAAAGUUCCAUAGCCUUGGCGUGACAUUCGGUGGUUUUAUUUACGCAGCUUAUAAUAGAGAAAUAGCCGAAAAUGCGAUUAAAUUUGUCUGGACGGAUAUAGAAUCUCCGCGUGAUGAACCGUUUUACGAAGUUCUUACACAUCGAGGAUCGUUUAUAUAUUGUGGUCAGAGAACUUUAAUGCUUGAGCCGUCGAAUUCGGAACGGUUAUUAAGAAUGGUUCCUAGCAAUGUCUACGGAGACCAUUUAGGCGAUGAGGCCGACUGGAAAUUGGCUAAGGCACUUGGUCCUGUAACUACCGAGUUAGUUGGAUGCUAUUUUGAAUCGUGGGAUCCGGAAAAUCGUAGAUACAUUCCUAACGAAUUAACUAGAAAAUGGUUCCCAGAUG